CAAAUUCGUUUCAUACAUCUCUGGAUUUGCUCAAAUCAGCGCUACUCAUUGAGAUGAAACGCAUGCAAUUGGCAAAGUUGAAAACUAAACGAAAAGUCAUCACAAUUGAAAUAAUUUGGUGGCGUCGCAACAUCGAUGUCGGAGGUUGUGCUGAUAUUGCUAUUUUUCACAGAGUCACGGAAGCAAGCAGACAUAUUGAAUCACGACUUGCAAAUCAACACGUUUUCAUUUUUAGCGGAAAAAAGGCAACGGCAAACAUAAUGAACCCGUUCAGAGGUGUUUCUGGUAGGCGCUGUAAGUGCAAGUCAAAGCCAAAACAGGUGAAAAUCAAACAAGAUCCUGAACUGCAGGAACACAACGACAAUGAUGAUGUCAUUAACGUGUCACGGCCAAGAGUUGAUGGAAGAUAUUGUGCGAAUUACGAAGGACCGGCGUAUGACUUCGAUGAUAUAAAGGAUGAAAUCAAAUGCGAGGAAGAAGAGACGGACAAAGAAAAUGACGCAGAACCAUGUGAACGAUCAAAUGGGAGAGCUAAUGCCAACGAUGAUUACGAGAAUGAGAUGAGUGGCGUAGUUGAUGUUCAACCACCGCAACCAGUUGAAAGUGGGAAGAAAGGUAUUAGAAAUGCCAAAAAGCAAAACAAGCGCAUGAUUCCCAGGAAUAAAGCGAUGAAAAAGCAAAAGAAGCACAAAUGUGAAGUGUGCGAUCAUAUGACGCUCAGUAAGUCUAAACUCAUAACGCACUUACGAAUUCACACUGGAGAGAAGCCAUUUCAGUGUGAUGUUUGUUCGAAUACCUCUUCACGAAAAUAUAAUUUGAUUCUUCAUAAGAAGACGCAUGGUCAAUUCCAUUGUGUAAAAUGUAAUCAAAGAUUUGACCAAGAAUCAGUCAUCACCGAUCAUGAAAGAUUGUGCAAUCCGCGCCAAUUCGAAUGCGAUAUUUGCGAAUAUAAAACAAAGUUUAAAUCAAAUUUGACAAGGCAUAUGCGGAUUCACAGCGGAGAAAAGCCGUCAGAGUGCUCGAUUUGUUUCAAGUCAUUUACAACCAACUCUCAACUCCUAAGACAUUCAAUGACUCACAAAGAUGAAUUGCCACAUGCUUGUUCGAAAUGUGGUCGACGAUUCACCAGUCUAGAAGAUAAGCGAAUACACGAAAAGCGCUGCCAACGAAGUCUAAUUGCAUGUAAUCAAUGUCAUUACAAAACUGUUUACAAGCAUUGUUUGAAGCAGCACAUGCAAUGGAAACACGGAGCCAAAAGAUCGAUCGAAUGUGAAAUUUGCAGCAAAGAAUUCAUCAGGCAGUUAGAUUUAAAUCGUCAUUUGUCAACAAUACAUAGCGCCCAGUUCCCGUUUGAAUGCUCCAAGUGCUUCGGAGGAUACGCAACCGAAGGUAUGAAAAAUGCGCAUGAAGAAAGCUGUGGCCGCCGUCAGUACCGAUGCCAUUUGUGCGAAGAGUAUUGUCGAAGCAAACAUGUUCUGAAGAUCCACAUACGAAAAGAUCACACCGGAGAGAGGAUUCAAUGCGAAGUAUGCGAUGCACGCUUCAUCAGCAAAAGUCAUGUCAAUCAACACAUGAGGACUGUUCAUCAUGUGAAGAAAAAAUAGUGUCCAAGCAAAUUGACAAUCAUCAGUCUUUCAUCCCAUAGAAUUAUUGAAAAGUAGUAAAGUUUGAAAUCAAUUAUUUUAUGAUUCUUUUGAGACUCAUAAUUUGAUACACUUUUUAGGGCUAAUAAAACGUUGAUUUUAGAAAUAAUAUAUUCAUUCCGAAAUAAUAUAUUCAAGUUUUUGCAAAACAAAAAAUUCACGAACAUUCUACUUUAGGUUUAAACUUCCAUUUUAAAUGAAAAUUUCAUUUUGAAAUCAAACAGACCUGAAAUACAUUAAAAGAGAAAUAAGAAAA